AUGACUCAUGGAGAAGAGCUUGGCUCUGAGAUGCACCAGGAUUCUGUUGUUCUAACUUACCUAGAGGGAUUACUAAUGCAUCAAGCAGCAGGAGGCUCAGGUACCGCAGUUGACAAGAAGUCUACUGGGCAUAGCGGAGAGGAUCAAAACUUCAAGAUUUCUGGAAAUCUGUUUCCCAGCUGUCAAAGUAAUGGUCCAGUUCUUAACACAAAUACGUAUCGGGGAUCUGGCAUGCUGCACCUCAAAAAAGCAAGACUGUUGCAGUCUUCAGAAGACUGGAAUGCAGCAAAGAGAAGGCGGUUGUCUGAUUCCAUUGUGGAUUUAGAUGGGAAAAAGGAAGCUUUGUUAGCUGGCAUGGUUGAAAAUGUGCCCAAAGGCAAACAGGAUAGCACAUUACUUGCCUCUUUGCUUCAGUCGUUCAGCUCUAGGCUGCAGAGUGUUGCUCUGUCACAGCAGAUUAGGCAGAGCCUUAAGGAGCAAGGGUAUUCCCUUAGCCAUGAUUCUUUACAAGUGGAGAAAGAUUUAAGGUGCUACGGGGUUGCAUCCAGCCACCUGAAGACUCUUCUGAAGAAGAGCAAAGCAAAAGAUCAGAAGCUGGACAACAGCAUGCCUGAUAUAACAAAGAACCUGCCCAAGGAGAGGUUUAUAGAAUCUCCUCAUGCGGUGCAGAGCGGACCUAAAGUGAUGAAUGAGCCACUGUCAUGUGCUGCAAGAUUACAAGCUGUUGCAAGCAUGGUAGAGAAACGAUCUAGUCCUGCUGCUUCACCGAAGCCCAGCGUAGCAUGCAGCCAGCUGGCUUUGCUCCUUUCCAGUGAAGCUCACUUGCAGCAGUACUCCAGGGAACAUGCUUUAAAAGCACAAAAUGCAAAUCAAAUAGCAAGCGAGAGACUUGCCGCUAUGGCCAGAUUACAAGAAAGUGCUCAGAAAGAUACUGGCCAAUUUGGUUUAGCAAAAGGAGUGACAAGCCAUCUCAAUGGUCAGACAGGAUCAUCAACCAAAACUGUAUCUAGCAAAAGCAAUAUGGCACCAUUUCAGAGUUCAGUGGGAGUCAUGCAUUCGCCUCCCAAAAAUGUGGGAUACAAAAAUACUUUGGAAAGGAGUAACCUGAAGACCUCUCCCAGCAACAGUUUGCUCUUGCAUCUACUGAAAAGCCAGAAUACCACCAAACACGUAAAAGGGCAUGAACAGAGUGAAAGGGCCAGCAUUUUUGAAGACAGCAGCACACCAACAACUAUUGAUGAAUAUUCGGAUAACAAUCCUAGUUUCACAGAAGAUGACAGCAGUGACGAUGAAAGCUCCCAUUCUAACUGUCUUCCUAUAGACCUAUCCUUUAAACAGAGGACAGAUAAACCAGAUGCAGGUCCACCUGCAUCGCUGGAUAACCUGACUCAGUCCUUGCUUCAUACCUGGGAUCCAAAAGUCUCCUGUCCAGAGAACAAGGAAGACAAAGACACUCCGAAGGCUUCUAAGCUGAAUCCCCAUCAGAAAGUAACAUUACUUCAGCUGUUACUUGGGCAUAAGAGUGAAGAGAAGGUAGAUAAGAGUAAUGACCCUCAGGGACCACACAGUGCAGCCGAUGUGGCAAAAUUCACCGUACAGACUGGUAAAAGGACUCCUGUUACUGACAGUCCCAGUGGAAACAGAAGGACUCCGUUAAGCACUCCCCCUUUGCUGGCUUCUGCAAAAGCAGACUCUCCUAUAAAUCUCUCGCACCAGUCGUUAGCCAUCAAGCGUAGCCCACCACCGUAUGUCUGCAGCAUCCAGCCGGACAGACUGGUGAAUCCUGCGUCUAAACAUUUGAUAGACCUUUCUAAAAGCAAGGAAAUUCAAGGAGCCAAGCUGAGCAGGAACGAUAGUCCCCAGAAUUCCUCAGCUUUCAGUGCCAGCAAGCUGUUGCAGAACCUGGCUCAGUGUGGCAUGCAGACCUCCAUGUCAGGUGAAGAGCAAAGAGCCAGCAAACAGCUGCUGGCAGGGAGCGCAGACAAACCUGUUGGCUUGAUUGAUAGAUUGAACAGCCCUCUGCUCACGAAUAAAUUGAGCACGCAUGAAGAAAAUAACAAAAUAUUCAGCUGUCAGCCUGCACCCACUGAACAAGGACUUCCAGGUUCAGAAAUAGAAAAUCUCCUUGAAAGGCGCACUGUCCUUCAGCUGCUUCUGGGAACUCCCAAUAAAGGUAAAAGUGAAAAGAAAGAGAGGAUGCUUUUAAGAGAUGAAAGUUCUCAAGAACAGACAGAUAAGGCUUUGAAUGAGCAAAUAUUGACGGUGAAAAUAAAAACCGAACCGUCUGAAGAGUCGAAUGCUCCUUAUAAUUCAAAUGCACAAGUAAGAGAGUGCAAGGGUAACAGAUACCAAGGAUUUGUUCAUUCUCUGCAGAGAAACAUGGCUGCUUCUCCAGCAACUGAGGAGUUAAAAUCUGAGCCUCUUUCUCCUCAAGACUUCUCUUUUUCCAAAAAUGGCCUGCUAAGUAGGUUGCUGAGACAGAGUCAAGACAGUUACCCUGCAGACGAGCUGGACAGAAGUCACCGAAACAACGAGCUGGCACACCUUGAAUCAAAGAGCCUUUGCACAGUGCCGAAGAAGAGGAAGCUUCAUGCUGAGCCUUUGGAAAGUCCAUUAAAAAAGAUGAAAAGUAAUGUGUCUGAUGCUGCAAACAAUCACGCUUCUCCUACCGAGGCACUGUAUGGGCCUUUGCUUAACCAGCAAGAACUGAAAUUCAGCAGAAGUGAUGCUGAAUUUAAAUAUGCUGUAAGCCACGGUUCAAAUCAUGAAAGUGAAAAUAGGAGUUGGUCUAGAGAUAGUAAAGGCUUUAAUGUGUUGAAACAGCUGCUUCUCUCAGAAAACUGCGAGAGAGAUCUGUCACAGCAUAGGAAUAACAUACUAGCGGAGGGCAAGAAAAAAGGAAACAAAACCAGUACAACAACUAAUAAACCUGAAUUCAGCAUUUCUUCAGUAAAUGCAUUAAUGGGUAGCCCUGUGCAACAGAACAACUGUGUAGAUCACAGAACAUUUCAGUAUCCUGUAGCAGUAAAAACUCCUGCCGGUUCCCCCUUCCCUGAACAUUUGGGGAGUACGGUAUCUAGGCUCGAGCCCGACCAGUUUAGCAUGUGUCCCAUGCCCAGUGAAAAAGGGCCCAUCAGGUGGGUGAUCACAGGUAUGGACAAGAAUGAUUACGAAAAAGACUCUCCGAGACUGACCAAAACCAAUCCAAUAUUGUACUACAUGUUACAGAAAGGCGGCAACUCCGUUAGUAGCCAAGAAGCACAUGACAAAGAAAUUUGGAAUGAACCUGCAUUUACUGAUAGUUCAGCUCGCGUUACAAUCAAAGAGGAGUUGACGUCUGGUGCUGAGCUUAAAACUCCUUUUAGUAACCUAAGAAGCCCUUACAACAGCCAUAUGGGAAGUAAGACCUCUCAUCAACAUGGUGUGAAUGGAGAAGUGCAUGGACUUCUGGAAAAAGUGCUAACAAUCAAAAAAGAGCCAGAAUAA